AUGGCAGAAGUACGACAGCGCGCCAAAGCGGCAGACCCCACCAUCGCACCCUCAGAACCUCCGAGCUCCAAACCCAUAAAGAAGUCCUCGGGCUUUGGCGUCACAGAUAUACUGAGGAUCUUGGGUGGAAUAUUGCUCCUGAAUGCAGCAUUGAGUUACUUUGUCACUUCCUCAUCGUUGACCUGGGGCUGGCGACCCUGGUACUCGAAGCCUGGCGUCGUGGCUUCCUGGCUCAAAGGACCAGUCUACCUCAACGACUUGGAACUCCUCGCCUACAACGGCCGCGACCCGAGCAAACCAGUCUACGUAGCUUUGAACGGCACCAUCUACGACGUCAGCGCCGGCCGCCACGUCUAUGGCCCGGGAGGCAGCUACAGCUUUUUCGCCGGCAGGGAUGCCACCCGCGCAUUCAUCACUGGCUGUUUCCAAGAAGACCUGACGCCUGAUAUCAGGGGUGCAGAGUUGACUUAUAUCCCUGUGGAUGACGACAACCCGAGCAAGGCUGAGGCCAAGUUGAGGAGAGAGAGGGACACGAGGUUUGCCAAGAAGAGGGUGCAGGAUACCAUCGAAGGGUGGAGCAAGAUGUUUAGGGGCGAGGGGGGUAAGGAUUAUUUCGAGGUUGGAAAGGUGAAGAGGAUCGAGGGGUGGAUGGAGAAGCUGCCCAAGAGGGAGUUGUGUGAGCAGGCGCAGAAACAGAGACCCAAACGCAAGGCUUGA